AGGCGCCGCGGGGGAUGGAGGCGUCCGGCGGCCGCGACCCCGCGUCGCCCGUCUGAGCCCAAGCCCGCGCACGCAAAGCCGCGGCCAUGGAAGAGGAGCUGAAGUGCCCGGUGUGCGGCUCGCUCUUCCGCGAGCCCAUCAUCCUGCCCUGCUCGCACAAUGUCUGCCUGCCCUGUGCCCGCACCAUCGCCGUCCAGACCCCGGAGAACGAGCAGCACCUGCCGGCCCUGCUCCAGCCGCGGGGCCCCGCGCCGCCCGCAGCCGCCGCCGCGCCGGGGCCGGGCUCGGGGCCGGGGCCGGCCGCCUCGCUGGACUCGGAGUGCGCGGCGGGCGGCGGCGUAGACCACGCGGACAAGCUGAGCUUGCACAGCGAGACCGACAGCGGCUACGGCUCCUACACCCCCAGCCUGAAGUCCCCCAACGGUGUGCGGGUGCUGCCGCUGGUACCCGCGCCCCCGGGGACGGCGGCGGCUCAGCGGGGCGCCGGCCCCGCCGGCUCGUCCCUCACCUGCCCGCAGUGCCACAGGAGCGCCUCCCUGGACCAGCGCGGCCUCCGCGGCUUCCAGCGCAACCGGCUGCUGGAGGCCAUCGUGCAGCGCUACCAGCAGGGCCGCGCCGCCGCCGCCGCCGCCAAGUGCCAGCUGUGCGACCGCAGCCCGCCCGAGCCGGCGGCCGUGCUGUGCGAGCAGUGCGACGUGCUGUACUGCGCCGCCUGCCAGCUCCGCUGCCACCCGGCCCGCGGGCCCUUCGCCAAGCACCGCCUGGUGCCGCCGCCCGGGGCUCCGGGCCCACCUGGGGGGGGCGACGGCGGCGGGAAAGGGGCGGGCGGCGGGCGCAAGCUGCCGACGUGCGCCGAGCACGACCUGGAGAACUACAGCAUGUAUUGCGUGAGCUGUCGCAGCCCCGUCUGCUACCAGUGCCUGGAGGACGGGAGGCACGGCAAGCACGACGUCAAGGCCCUGGGCGCCGUGUGGAAGCAGCACAAGGCACAACUGUCUCAGGCUUUAAAUGGUGUUUCAGAUAAAGCAAAGGAAGCUAAAGAAUUUUUGGUUCAGCUGAAAAAUUUAUUGCAGCAGAUACAGGAGAACGGGUUGGAUUACGAAGCUUGUCUUGUUGCUCAGUGUGAUGCCUUGGUUGAUGCACUAACGCGACAGAAGGCCAAACUGCUCACAAAAGUGACUAAGGAACGUGAGCACAAACUAAAGGUUGUUUGGGACCAGAUAAACCACUGUACGCUGAAGCUACGUCAGUCAACAGGGCUUAUGGAGUACUGCCUAGAAGUUAUCAAAGAAAAUGAUCCCUCUGGGUUUUUGCAGAUUUCGGAUGCUUUAAUCAAACGUGUCCAGGUAUCUCAGGAACAGUGGGUCAAAGGAGCCUUGGAGCCAAAAGUGUCUGCCGAGUUUGACCUGACGCUGGAUAGUGAACCCUUACUGCAAGCCAUUCACCAGCUGGAUUUUAUUCAGAUGAAAUGUAGGGUGCCACCUGUCCCACUACUGCAACUGGAGAAAUGUUGCACCAGAAACAACAGUGUGACGUUGGCCUGGAGGAUGCCACCUUUGAGCCACAACCCAGUGGAGGGUUAUAUCCUGGAACUUGAUGAUGGAGAUGGUGGCCAAUUCCGAGAAGUAUAUGUUGGCAAGGAGACUCUCUGCACUAUCGAUGGCCUUCAUUUCAACAGCACCUAUAACGCAAGAGUCAAAGCUUUUAACUCAUCAGGAGUUGGUCCAUACAGCAAGACAGUUAUUUUACAGACAUCAGAUGUGGCAUGGUUCACUUUCGACCCCUCCUCGGCUCACAGGGACAUCGUGCUGUCAAAUGACAACCAGACCGCCACCUGCAGUAGCUACGAUGACCGCGUUGUCCUUGGCACGGCUGCCUUCUCCAAGGGCGUGCAUUACUGGGAACUGCACGUGGACCGAUAUGACAACCACCCCGAUCCAGCCUUUGGCAUUGCCAGGAUUAAUGUCGUCAAGGACAUGAUGCUAGGCAAGGACGACAAGGCAUGGGCCAUGUAUGUUGACAACAACCGCAGCUGGUUCAUGCACUGCAAUUCUCACACCAACCGGACUGAAGGAGGAGUUUCUAAAGGUGCCACUGUUGGUGUCCUCCUGGAUCUGAAUAAGCGCAACCUGACUUUCUACAUAAAUGGGCAGCAGCAAGGGCCUCCAGCUUUUGAAAACAUAGAGGGUGUCUUCAUGCCUGCACUAAGCCUCAAUCGAAAUGUUCAGGUGACACUGCACACGGGACUGGAGGUGCCACAAUGUGUAAAGCAGCCAAAGUUGCCCAGCAACUAGUGAAGACCCUGCCUGACCCUGUGAUAGAUUCUGUAAGCUGUCCCAGUGUGAUUUGGCACGUUUCAGUAAGUCAGUAAAAAAGCACUCUCUUCCCUAACGUGAAAUGUUCUACACCAUGUUGCUCACUGAGCACUUGCUGAUUACAGCUAGCCCACUCCAUCUUUAGUUUAACAAGCCAUAGCAAGCAUACCGACAGAACUGGUGCUGGAUUAUGGAUGGGUACCUGAACAUAUCCGCACUGCACUGCAUACAUGUGCUCACACACGCAUACACAUGUAUAUAUUUAUAAGGUGAGGAGUUAAAUGAGUUUAUUUUCUCUCUCAUGGCUGGAUUUGUGCUCAAAAGAUAUUAUGGAUGCUGGAGAAAACGGGCAAGACGAGGACUGGGGAGCAAUGGCUGUUGGAACAAUUUACCAGUUGGUGAACGGGAUUCCUUUGCUGCCUGCAGUCCUUAAUUGAAGACAGCAUGUGUUCUGGCAGCUGAAGUGGAAGCUGUGUGCUCAGUUAAGGAAUUACCGGGCAAGAUUCUGUUCUCUGUUACAUCCAGGGGCUCAAAUGACACUUAAAUACUCCUUCUGGCUCCAGAUUACAAGCUCUGAAUUACAUUCCCCUCAAAUUCAGUGGCGGAACUUGCACUUAUCUUCAGCAAGAAAAAGAAUGGUUUCCAAAUGCUGUUGUGUAAUAGUUGUGCUUAUUUGAGCUUACAGCAUGGUACGUGCAGAAUUCAGAUAUGAAAAGGAGAGAGAAAAAUAUUCCUGAUACAUUUUCAUGUCUCUUACUUAACUGUGAUUGUGAGGACUAUUCACAGAGAAGAUCCAACCAUGAUUAUCAGCACAACUCUUGAGAAAUGAAACAAGAGGGAUCUUUUUGAAUUUAAUUGAUAAGAGAUUUAUUUAAAUAUGGUACGCGCAAAGUAUCCCACACAGAGAAAUGCUGCUUCCCAGCCUUGAUCCCAAUAAGUCCUAGGCAGCUGUAGUUCCAAUGUAGCUUUGAGAUCAAAAGCCUUAAUUUUCUAUUAGAUUAGGGUCAUGUAACUAAUGUCUUGAUCUUCAUGAUGCAUUCGAACAGGAGAGAUUUAUGGGAUUAAUACUAAAUCAAUUUUUAAGAAUUUUUCUGGAGUGGGAUAUAAAUCCUAUGCGAGACUUGGCUGUGUCUUGCAUCUCCGAUGAAAGCAAGGGGCUGUGUCAGGUGCUGUCCAUGACAGCACGAGUCUGACCACCACGGAAGUUCCCAACACAGAACGGCACUCCCACCUGCAUGCUGGUGUCUGAAAACACAUUGAUUUGUGUGCGUGUUUCUUUUUCUAAGAAACAAGUUAACGUAUGCGACUGCGCGUAUAGCGGCGAUGCAUAAGAACAAGAUGCAGCAGACUGUGUGAGCCCAUGGCAUCCCGGGCUUUGUCAUUCCAAUCCUGCAUAAGUGUGGUCAUAUCAAACAAGAAAAGCAUCAACUCUUACAUCCUAGUGAUGUACUCCAUCCUCUGUUUAAUGCUGCUUAUACACAUUUUCCUCUCCAAGCAUACGUAUACGCACAUGCAUGUUGUUUUCAGCCAAGUAAUGAUGAAGCCUGAAAAACAUGUAUUCUAGCACCAAGCCAGCUUACUGCCUUGCAUUAUGCUAAGGCUACAAGACCGCCAGCCCAGACCUCCCUCAGGGCAGCCAGCUGCAGGUGCACGUUCAGUCCCAGGCCUGAGCACGUAGCUCAGGUGGCACAGAGUGCUGGAGGGCUGUGCUGUGACACAGCAGGCAGCACCUCACUGGCAGCAUCCCCCUUGCAGCCACUGCAGGGUGGGAAAGGCAACCCAAUGUGCAUUAGUUACAGGCGAUUUCACAGGUGAAUCACAGCCUGCCACCAGUGCCUGUACCCGGCUGAUAUCUCACGGCCACCUCUCCUGCAGAACAGCAGUACGCCUUCAGUGAUGUCAAGACUGAAAGAGGAAGCAAAACCAACAACAGGAAAAUAUAACCUUAGCUGUUAAGUGGGAAAGCAACUCUACUUUCUUUAGUCUGAAGUGGAUUGUAUUAGUGAACUUUUAGACAUAACUGUGCUACGCUCAUCCUCAUUUCUUAAAGAACAGCAGAGACCAACUGUGUUUUAAUUUUCAGUUUCAUUUAAUGCCAUGUGAACUCGUGCAGGAUCUUCUAAUUUAGUGGGUCUGCUUUAACCUACCUCAGCUCAAAUGCUCCUGGACCCCAGAUUUCUUCCUGAGCAUGCUCAUUGUAAACCUGUCUUCAGUGAACACAAGAGCUGUAAUCGCAGCAUUGGAUUCAAGUAUUGCCAGUCAGAGCAGUGUGUGGGAAUACUGUACAUAGGCUACACAUAGAUUUUUAUAUUGGGAAACAUCCUGUGAUAAUUUUAAUACAGAAGACAGUCCACUUUCACUUUUCUUAUUAAAAGCAACCAGGUGUUGUUUGUUUUGGGACUGAACCUUUGUCCUUACUCCCAACUUCUGUGAAGGAAAUUCAAAUGAAUUUAGGUCUUUCCACUCUUCUUAACCACCACCAGACGUUUAAAAUUAAUUCAGAACGGGUUUUAGAAGUGUUUGCAGUACUUGGCUUUGGUUAUCAUAGGUGCUUUGGUAUCAGUUCCUAGUGUUGUACCUUGGGGAGAAUGCAGCGAGUGAUACAGGUUAUUGAGUUUUAAUGGAAAUACGGACAGUAGGUGGGGACAUACUUCAGACCUGUAAAGAAGCACAGAGAAGCUCAUUUGUUAUUCUAAUACCCAUACAAGUGAGGUACAGACUAACUGCCAUUACGGUCCCUUUGUAACCUAGUGGAGAUGCAAAUAAAAUAAAAGGAAUACAGUUAGAAGUAGGCAUCCUGCAUUAGUAAGACUAGGUCUGAAUCUAAACAAAGUGGGUUAUAUGUUGGUUGUGUACACAUUCAAGGACUUGGAUUCGGCAUGGUCCAUAGUAAUAAACCAAGUAACCCACAUAGAGCGUAGUCUCGUGACUUCAGCUGGAUGCAUUUUGGUAGUUUAACAGAAGUAAAAGCCUAAGAAGUUAGAAUUCUGCUAGGAAACUCAUUGCUGUACGUGCACUCAUGCAGAGCAUGAUGGCAGCUGAAGCCAUCUGAACGUAGACCAGAGCAGAACUUUCCUUUUGCAGAAUAGCAUCGGGUGGGGAGAAGUGUGGCACUUACCUUCACCUCUCAGCUCAGGCUGGAGAUAGCUUUUUUCUCUGCAAGUUAACUCUCCCAUUUGGUUAUAAGCGCAGCAGUCUGCAUGUUCUUCAUCUACAGCGUCGCUUUUGCCAGCUUUUAUUUCCUGCAAAUCUCUUCUUUGGAAGGGAACCAGUCUUUAGUAGUAUGGUCCUUGCAGAAAUUGUGUUGCUAACUAUCCAGACUGCUUCCCAGGCACCUGGGUAAGCACAGAGUUGCCUUUCAUGGAACACAUCUGCUUCUGGAGCACAGGCCAAUCCUUGUAAACAGGAGAGCAGAGCCUUUUUCACUAGGAUGAAUCUCAUCCCACAUGGUGCAGAACCCACACAAGGCACUCGUAAAUUUAAUGUUUAAAAAGAAGCAAGCCCUCCUCUAAUAAGCACAAUGAAGCUUGACUUCUGAAUAUGUCAAUUUGGAGCAUCUCCAUCUGUCUAAAUAAGAACAAUAGCCAAACUUUCUGUCCCGUAGAGCUAUGAGGGAUGCUUAGUUUUCAUCAUCCACGUGAACUCAAACAUCAUCUUUUGUGAACCUUCGACCUGGCUUUUUCCUCUGCAAAUUUCCCUCUUUAGUGGGACCAAAUAGAAGAACUGUGCCAUCAGGGCUAUUGUCAGACUCACAAGGUGUGCAACAUUACACCAUUUCCUACCCUUGCGUUUCCCUCAUCAGCUCAAAAAAAACUCCCACAAAGAUCUUCUGCUGAGAGGUAACGUCAGUAUGAGCACAGGCCUAGGUGACGCUGCCUUACUUCUUCUGAGGUUGAAAGGUGUGCGCUGUAAAACAAACGUCAGUGAGGAUGGUAGGAAACUGUGAUGUAUCUUGAAUUUGGAAAGCUAUUUGGCUUCUAAAAUAAAGAAGACAGGCAAUCAGCUUUGUCACAUCCCAUCCUUGCCAUACAGUUGAGGCACAGAGUAAAAUACAUUGGACUGAAUUAAAAAAAAAAAAAAGCACGAG